AUGGAUGAAGAAUCAGUUUUAUUUGGUCUCCGUAAUCUUUUCACUGUUGGAAACUACCAAACAGUAAUCAACGAAGUUAGUUCCAACAAUGGGCUCUUUUCAACCGAAGCCAAAUUGGAAGCCCAAACACUUUUGUACCGUUCAUAUGUCGCUCAAGGCAAAUACAACUUGGUUAUCAACGAUAUUGGCUCCAAUGACGAGGCUUCUUUGAAGGCCAUCAAACUGUUGGCAGAGUACAUGGCAGACAAGCAAAAGAACAGCACUGCUAAUGCAGAGGAUUAUGUUGUAAAAGCCAACACUCUUCUCGAAGAAGGUGCCAACCGUAUCAACGCUGUAGUUCAAGUGACUCUUGCCACCAUCUUGGUGCAAACUGGCCAUUUUGAAGAUGCUUUGAGAACCCUUCACUCUCGUCAAAAGAAAUUGGAAUGCUCUGCCUUGGCCGUGCAGAUUUACCUUCAAUUAGAUCGCUUGGAUUUAGCUAGAAAUGAAGUUGCCAGCGUCAAGGCUUGGGCUGAAGACGCUUUACUAUUGCAAAUGAUGGAAGCUUGGGUUGACCUUCGCGUGGGUGGUGAAAAGUAUCAAGAAGCUUUCUACAUUUACGAGGAAUUUGGACAGUCAAAUACAGCUCAGACUGUCAAGGUGUUGAAUGGACAAGCUGCUGCCAAUCUUGCAUUAGGCAGAUAUCCCGAAGCCGAAAGUUUAUUGUUGGAGGCUCAAAAUAAGGACUCUGAUAAUCCAGAUACACUCAUCAAUAUGAUUGCCUGCGCUACUUUGACAGCAAAGUCUCAAGAGAUUGUCAACCGCUAUGUCAGUCAAUUAAGAGAAGUUGCACCACAACAUCCUUACUUACAAGACCUUGACUUGAAGUCUAGUCUCUUUGAUCGCAGUGCUUCUCGUUUUGCUUUAGUCGACACUGCUUAA